CAAACGGACAGUCUAAGAACUUAGUAGAAUCAUGUCACCAGCUUGGACAUUGGCAUUCGUCCUGUGGGCUGUCCUGCAUGUUGUUCGCUCUGAGGCGGAUGAGUCGGCUAUUCCUGCAACAAGCGGGCUUAAGAUGGACGCCUCGAAUGCAACUAUUGUUCCCACCGACUACUGCCAGACCGACCUGUGUCCGCCCAUGAAGAAGCACAUAGCCUGCAAGAACAAAGGAGGUCUGAGUGCUCUUUGUGCUCCUGGCGUCCAAAUGGCCAAUCUAACUGAUCUUCACGAUUAUAUUUUGGACGAGCAUAAUGCUUACCGCAAUCUGCUGGCCGGGGGAAAGAUAGAAAACUUGCCACAACCAGACCGCAUGGCCACCUUGCAGUGGCACUCCGAGCUCGAGGAACUCGCUGCCCUGAAUGUGAAGCAGUGCAUUCUGAAACACGAUCCGUGCCACAACACCCUGGAAUUCCGUAACUCUGGCCAGAAUUUGGCUCUCAUCAGGCUGAAGGACCUGCCGGGUCUGGCAAACCACACAGAUGAGUGUCUCGUGAAGGAAGCCAUGCGGAGCUGGUGGGACCAGAUUGCCAAUGCCACAGAGGGGAACGUCCAGCAUUUUCCCCAGGGAAAAUUGGGAGAACCGAUUCGAUACUUUGCCAACAUGGCUCGGGACAACAACACCUUCGUGGGCUGUGCCGCCUUGCGGUAUGAGAAGCCGAUCGGAGAUCCCUACUACCUCAUGGCCUGCAACUAUGCUGGCAAUGGCAUACCCAACUAUCCCAUUUAUCGGGAGAAGGCAAUGGGCUGCCAGAACGGCACGGAUCUCAAGUACCCAUCCCUGUGCAAGGUGAGCGAGCAGUUCGAGGAGCCUCCUGUGGAGGCCACCACAGUAAAAACAAACUUCUGGCGGAUGUAGGAGGCCCAAAAUAAAUAGCGUCGAAGGGUUAGAGGGAGGAUGUGCUCUCACAGUCUAUUUAACAUGUUGAUUUGUGUCACAGUGCGUGGCGGUCAUAUAUCAUCUCACAGCAAGCACAUUAGCACGGACACCUGCAAACAGUGAUGGCUACUUUGGAGAUGGAAAAGGCCAGAUCUAAAUAAAUAUCACAUUUGCAUGGCUAAGAAAGA